AUGAAGGAGUUUCCUAGAAAGUUUCUCAGCUUGCGCGACAAGAAUGGCUCUAGCCGUCGAUCCAAGUCGGCUGCGCCAGCGCCCUUACCAGCGGUUUCAGACAAGAACAAGCCUCGUCCACUUUCUACUGGGGCCUUCAUGGCCAUGUUCAAGAACGAUAGUUCAAAGCAAGGUGCAAAAGCAGAGGCAGACAAAGAGAAGGAUAACGCACGAGUCGAGGAGAUCCUACGACGAUUAGACGAACUCCAUAUAACCAACGUUACCACCGACCACAUUAUCGACAUUAUGGCAACCAAGUUCGCAGACCACGACACCGAUAAGACCGUCGAGUUUAUCGAUAUGGAACAAAAGGCCGCCGCUGGGAUCAUCACCCCUUAUGAUCCCAGUGUGGAUAUGGUGGGCGCCGAAAACCGAGGCAAUGUUACAUGCUAUCUAGAUGCGCUCUUGUUCUCCAUGUUUGCCAAAAUCGACGCUUUCGAGUGCAUGCUUAAGAACGACUUUCCCGAAGAAGACAAUCGCAACAAGCUUGUCAACCUGUUACGGAUGUGGGUAAAUAUGUUGAGAACAGGAAAGCUGGUGCAUACAGAUAUGACGAAACUAAUACAAGAUGCGUUGGCCGAUUGUGGCUGGUCUGAUGCACGAAUGCUGGAGCAACAGGAUACGUCAGAAGCUUUUGCUUUUAUCACAGAAACCUUACAGCUACCGCUGUUAUCUCUACAGGUCGAUCUUUUCCACCAAGGAAAGAAGGAUAAGGAUGACCACAAAGUUGUGUACGAGCGUCUCCUGAACUUGGCCAUACCCCCUGAUUCUGAAGGAAAGGGGCUUAAACUGGAAGAUUGCCUCGAGGAGUACUUCAACGCUCAGGUUGACGUCAAACGAGACAGUGAAGAUGGAAAGAAGCUUGGGAUUGAAGAGAAGAACCGAAGCGAGACGCCGACACUUAAGCACAGGGAUACGAUUAGAAUCCUCACCGAAGAACGCGGCGAGUCAUCAACACCAACAUCCCCACUGCCAAUUACCCCGGUGGAAAGAACACCAACUUUGGAGAAGGCGCCCAUUCUUUCGCUUGCAGAUUCCGAUGCCAAAAAUUGCAACGUUCCAGAUGACGAAGCAGAAGGCGAGGUUACCACUGUCGAGUUGGUACCGAACAAGCCUUCUUUGAGGGGAAGGUCAACAAGUGUCAUUCAACGUGUGGUUCUGGAUGAGGAAGGCCGUCCUUCUACACCCGACACUCCAACAAUGCUCCAAAAGGCUAUGCGCAAGGGUUCAACAGUUGUCAAGGCAGUCACUAUUCCUGCUUGGCAAUUUUUCAGGCUCAUCCCCUGGCAUGCACUUUCAAGCACAGAGCCUCGAAACAACACGGAAGUUGCACUGAAUUUCGAACAGAGACCCGUCGUGGGUAUCUGUCUCAAACGCUACGCAAUGACCGAGUCUGGCCAGCCUAAGCGUCACAACACAUUUAUCGAUAUCCCCGAUAGUCUGCGGCUGCCACAUUUCAUGCUUGCCGAUGAACCGAAAACUGAGGAAGAUGAAAACGUUCUCAACACGGACUAUAAGCUCGUCCUCCAGUCCGUUAUCUGCCAUCGGGGAGACUCAUUACAAAGCGGCCAUUACGUUUCCUUCGCCCGAGUAGCUCCCAAACUGUUGAAAGACAAUCGACGACAUGAUUUUGACCCACCUCCUGAUUACGAGGAAGCACAAUGGGUCAAGUUCGACGAUCUUCAGAUAGAAAACCGAGUUACUUACGUGGAUGAUAUCAGAACCGCUCUCAAAGAGGAGAUGCCAUAUCUUCUGUUUUAUCAAGUCAUGCCUAUGGUUGAGGUUGCUCCUCCCUCAGUAGAUGACCCAGACACAGAGCCUCCUUCGUACAAUGAUUCCAAGAUCAGUAUCGAGUUGCCUCCUACUCCUUCGCGAAGCAACCGGCUCGGCAGUCUCGAAGAAGGCUAUUUCGAUAGCACACCAACUCUCGAGAACUCGCAGCGCUUAUCCAGCAAACCGCCCAGUAUUCGGCUUUCCAUGGAUGGCGAAAAGCCAAGGAGGAGCGAGGAUGGUGCGGACCGUUUUCCAGGAUCGCUCACUGGCUCACGACGCCCGAGUGCUGUUUGGACUGAAUCAGCACCACAUACACCUAAUUCCCAUUCUCCAGCCAUAACACCCAGCGAAGAGCCGACCGCAUCAAGGCUGUCACGCGCAGCAUCUCGCUUUACUUUAGUCAAUAGGAGUCGUCCGAGCAGCCAAAACGGAGAAAAUCGCCUUAGCUUCUCGAUGAGCAGGCUAGGAGGUCUUAUGCGGCCUAACAAAGAGCCUUCUUCAGAAACCAAGGAUGAGCCUAAUGGUAUCGGCAUGUCUUCACCAAACUCAACAGGCGUCUUGACCGCAGAAACGUCCAAGGAGUCGAGGGAGUCAAAGGAAAUUUCAGACAGAACAGAGGUUCCAGCAGAAGCUGAGCCUGAAACAGAGCAAAAGCAUCACCGACACCACGGUCACAAACAUCACAAACGGGUCAGAUCGAAGGACAAGGUCAAGAACAAGAGCAGCGACCAACCCGAACGUGAAUGCACGGUGAUGUAA